AUGAUCUACGACCCGGGCAGCUCCAAGUCUGGCCACAUCAUCGCCCAUACCAUGCUGCGGCGAAGGAGCCUCCUCUUCGGCGUCCUCGCCAUCGUCCUCAUCCUCCUUAUGUACCCCUUCAGCUCGACAUAUCUUCUCCCAGCAGCCGAGUUGAGUCCAUCCGAACCUCUGGCACCAGAGCCAGAGCCUCAAGUAGCCUCUUCACCAAACACCUCACCAUACGAGCUACUCAACCGCCCCAUCUCGUCUGAUAGAACCUCCAUCCCAAAGAUUAUCCACCAAACAUGGUUUCCGGCGGGCACGAACAUGUCCGAGUCGGCGCAGCAAUGGGUGGCCACUGUUAAGGCCAAGAACCCGGACUGGGAGUAUGUGCUCUGGGACGACGAGUCAGACGAGCUCCUCGUCAAGAAGUAUUUCCCGUGGUUUCUCGAGACGUAUAGGCAGUUGCCGCAGGAGAUCAAUCGCGCCGACAUGGUGCGGAAUUUCUACAUGUAUCUUUUUGGGGGAAUGUACCUCGACGUCGACACAGAGGCCCUCCGCCCCAUCAACUCACUAUUCGUUUCUCACGACGUGCACCUAAGGCCCCACAAGGAAGUGUACUCUGAAGACCACGCCCCGGAUUCAAGGUCCGUCCAGCGCGCCUUCAUGGGCCGCAUGGCGCACACUCUCGACCCCGAAGGGCUCGGCGCAAUCCCCAACGGCUGGAUGGCCUCGCCCCCAGGGCACCCCUUCUGGCUGCUCCCGGUCCUCAACGUGCUCGAGAACCCAAAGGGCGACGGCAGCGUCGAGGGCAUGACAGGCCCUGGGAUUCUAGGCCCAAUAAUUAAACAAUACUACGGUAAUGGACGGCAGUCGCUCCGUCGACAGCUGUGUCAUCGCGUCCAGAGCGUGCAGCCGAGCUGGGACCUGUAUUGCCCGCAGUAUAGCAUGGAGGAUAUCCCUGCGAGCGAGAGCUUGAAACACUCGCUUAUCCUGCUGCCCCGGGAGCAGAUCUACCCGUAUAGCUGGGUGGACAAUGGCGAUGUAAAGGCAUGUCUGGGGGCAAAGUCGAAUCCAAAAUUCGACCCAGAGGAGUGUAAGCAGCGGAUGGAUGUGGAUGCGUGGCCGAGUUACUUCAUUACAUAUUGUACGCAUACGUGGUAA